AAAAGUAGUUCAGCGCUACAACAUUUUGCUGAAGAUAUCCUGAGAAACGACUGCCUAAUGCCUGGAUGAACCUGGAGACCAGUAGUGAUCCUUCAAGGCCAUUCUGCAUGUACAGCUCAGACUGACCAGCCUCGGCCAACUGCCUUCAGAUCAAUAUGACCAUCUCAAAAUCACUUUGAGUCCCUGCCCAGAACCUAGUAACAACCAUCUGUCAGACAGAUUCUCCUAAACACACAGGAACACACCCUCAAAUCUGUCUCCGUAGCAUUACCAAAUGUUGGUUCGCUUCAAUCACUGAAUAUGCCUAGUUCUCCACCAGUUAAAUUACAUUUCAGCACACAGUAAUUUGGUGCACAAUGGUGAAGGCUUAAUGAUGCUGAAACUCAUCACCCUCAUGAAGAAAAGUCGGGAGUGCAGAAGGAAGUGUGAGGAUGUGCAAGAACCGUCAGGCCUGGCACUGUGAUCUUCUGCAGGUUCAGGGGGAGGGAAUUGUCCUUGCGUGUCCCAGCUAAGCUUUUUAUAGGACACACAGUCUGGACCAGAAUCCCUUGCAGAGUCCUUAGAGGAAUAAGAACUCAUCAGAGCCAUUGGUUUUCUGAAGUAUAGUCUCAUAAGCAAAGUCUCAAGGGAUCUCAAAACCCUCCGCCCCCUCAUCUGCAAGGGGCCGCUGCCAUGAUAUAACUUCCAAGUCUUUAAGUGCACACGCAAGUGAGACCCAGCGACCCCUGACGUCCCCCUUCCGCUCUAGAGGAGUCCUGUGGUGGUGUGCUGCCGCUGAGUUGAGUAUGCCUCAAGCUCCCGUGUUGUGAAAGGAAAGUGUGCGCUGGGCAGCACUAGGCGCCAUGCGUCCGUGGACGGGCUCGUGGCGCUGGAUUAUGCUGGUGCUGCUGGCCUGGGGCACGCUGCUUUUCUACAUCGGGGGUCACCUCGUGAGGGACAGCGAGCAUCCGGAACGGUCCAGCAGAGAGCUCUCUAAGAUCCUGGCCAAGCUGGAAAGGCUGAAACAGCAGAAUGAAGAUCUGAGACGCAUGGCAGAGACUCUCAGGUUACCUGACGGACAGACCGAUGGUGGUCCCGGAGCCGUGGGUAAACUACGCAACCUUGAAGAGCAACUGAUAAAAGCUAAGGAGAAAAUCAACUCUUACCGCAGCCUCCCUGCUGAUGGCCCAGGAAAGGACCAGGAGGAGCUCAGGAGGAAGGUGGAGAACGGCGUGAGGGAACUGUGGUAUUUCGUACGCAGUGAGUUGAAGAAACUAACACUGGUGGAGACUGGAGCAUUACAGAAACAUGUGGACACACUCCUUCAGGACCUUGGACACCAGCAGAGGUCCAUCAUGUCAGACUUGUAUCAUCUGAGCCAGGCGGACGGUGCUGGAGACUGGAGAGAGAAGGAAGCUAAAGAACUGUCCGACCUAGUACAGAACAGAAUCACAUACCUACAGAACCCUCAGGACUGCAGCAAGGCUCGCAAGCUGCUGUGUAACAUCAAUAAGGGUUGUGGAUACGGCUGCCAGCUGCAUCAUGUGGUCUACUGCUUCAUGAUUGCCUAUGGCACACAGCGCACCCUCAUACUGGAGUCGCAGAACUGGCGCUACGCCACCGGCGGAUGGGAGACUGUCUUUAAACCAGUUAGCGACACUUGCACUGACCGCACGGGGGCCUCCACUGGACACUGGUCUGGUGAAGCAAACGAUCGGGAUGUUCAGGUCAUUGAGUUGCCCAUUGUGGACAGCCUGCACCCUCGUCCCCCGUACCUGCCCCUGGCUAUCCCUGAAGAUCUUGCAGACCGGCUUCAGAGGCUUCACGGUGACCCACCUGUGUGGUGGGUGUCUCAGUUUGUCAAGUACCUGAUCCGCCCUCAGGCUUGGCUGUCGAAGGAAAUGCAAGAGGCCACCAGCAAGCUGGGCUUCAAGCACCCCAUUAUAGGGGUGCAUGUGCGCAGGACAGAUAAGGUAGGGACGGAGGCGGCAUUCCAUCCCAUAGAAGAGUACAUGGUGCAUGUUGAGGACCACUACCAGAGUCUGGCCCAGCGCAUGCAUGUAGACAAGAAACGGGUUUACCUCGCCACGGAUGACCCCUCUCUACUGCAAGAGGCCAAGUCUAAGUACCCUGAUUAUGAAUUUAUAAGUGAUAAUUCUAUUUCAUGGUCGGCUGGGCUACACAACCGCUACACUGAAAACUCUCUGAGAGGAGUCAUCCUGGAUAUCCACUUCCUCUCAAGGACCAACUUCUUAGUGUGCACCUUCUCUUCACAGGUGUGUCGAGUGGCCUACGAGAUCAUGCAGACUCUCCACCCAGACGCCUCCUCUUACUUCUACUCCCUCGAUGACAUCUACUACUUCGGUGGGCAGAACGCCCACAACCAGAUCGCUAUCUACCCUCACCAAUCACGCAACAGCGAUGACAUCCCACUUGAGCCUGGAGAUUUGAUUGGCAUUGCGGGCAACCAUUGGGAUGGAUACUCCAAGGGAAUCAACCGCAAAACAGGCCGUACCGGUCUCUACCCCUCUUAUAAAGUCAAAGAGAAGAUUGAGACAGUGAAGUAUCCCACAUACCCAGAAGCGGACAAACUUCUUAAGAAGCCGUAGAUUGAGACAAAGGCAGUGCAAAUACUCUUGUUAAUGAAAUGAGGAAACCCUGGACCACCCGGAUGGGAAUGCACUUUGUGUGUGAGUGUGUAUGAAUGUGUUCGUGUACGUGUGUCUUUGUGUGUGUGUCUGUGUGUGUUGACUAGGGGUUCUUCACAGGGUUUUGGCACACAUUCCUAACUCUGGUGCUUGGACUUUGAGUCUCCCUGAAAUGGCAAUCAGGGUUGUUGAAGACAAAAAACAAAGAGGAUGAACUCAAGGCAACAGAAACAGAAGGCACUGUGCUGUAGAUACUUUCUAAUUAAUCUCCGGGUAAUGAAGGGAACUGAAUAUGUUAAUUUAAGAACACACCUGGAAGAAGUGACUUUGCGACUCCAAACUGAUCAUGACAAAGGAAUCAUAAACCCGGGUUACUCUCGUCCUCCUAUGCUCUUAUACCUCCUUGUGCACAAUGAUGGCAUUCUUUACUCUUAGCCUCACACAACUCGUUUCUCAUGCCAUCACUACGCCAACUGACACUCCUCUUCACACCCAUGAGCUAUUAAUUUCCACUGCCAUACUGUGCUUUUAAAUGUGACUUAUGCUGUUUUUAUUUUCAUAGUAAGGUUUAUCAUGUGCGUGUGUGUGUGUGUGAAGUGUGCGGAUUGGAAAACGGUGCCUAUCAGGGCAAUUGACUCACUUUUUCUGAAAGAGUUUUGACUCUGGAGCCUUAUGGACCAGCCUUUCCAUGCAGAUUUACACUCUUCCCCUCCUUUCCACUUAGUGUCUUAUCCACAGCCAUGUGUCCAUUAUGUUUUUUAAGAGAUCAUUUCAUGUUAUUACAUUUUAAAAUACAAAACAGAUAAGAAAAUGUCACUUAAUAUGAAGAUAAUGAUACUAAUAUUAUUAUUGAUGAUGAUGAUAAGAGAAAGAAUAAUUAUGGCAACAAUGACACUUGCUGUCAUUAUACAUUUUAGUUAAUCAUGAAGGAGUUGUUCAUUGUUUUAUGUUUGCGGGCAUUGUCUCUUUGGUAAGCAGAUCAAAUAAACUUGAUCAGCCAAACUGGG